GUUUGUUGAAGUUCAGUUCCUCCGACGUAAGUGACAGUUGACGCCGCCGAACACUGACCUCCGUCGGUAUGAUUUUACUAACGAUGAUCGCUCGCGUGGCGGACGGACUCCUGCUCUCUGCGUCCGUCCAGGAGGAAGAACAGUCACGAAGAGACCUCCAGCAGUACCAGAGCCAAGCCAAACAGCUGUGCCGUAAACUGAAUGCUCAGAGUCCGGACCGCUGCACCCUGGAGGCCGGGGACGUGAACUUCCAUUAUUUAAUAGCACAGGGUAUUUGCUAUCUGUCCCUCUGUGAGGCUUCAUUUCCCAAAAAGAUGGCGUUUGCCUACCUCGAACACCUCCACAAUGAGUUCUAUGAUCAGUAUGGAAGAAAAGUGCCCAGAGUAACAAGGCCGUACUCUUUCAUCGAGUUUGACACAUACAUCCAGAAAACAAAGAAGACAUACGUUGACAGCAGAGGCAGGAGGAAUCUGGGCAAUAUUAACACUGAGCUGCAGGAUGUCCAGAGAAUUAUGGUGGCAAAUAUUGAGGAAGUUCUGCAAAGAGGAGAAGCCCUUUCUGCUCUAGACACAAAAGCCAGCAAUCUGUCUACCUUGUCGAAGAAGUACCGCAGCGAUGCAAAAUACCUCAACACUCGCUCCACGUAUGCCAAGGUGGCCGCUGUGACCGUGUUCUUCCUCACACUCAUCAUCUACGUGCGCUUCUGGUGGCUCUGAUGGACUCGCAGACGAAGACAUUGAUAUUAAGGAGAGGGUGUCUCUCUUUAAAAACAAAUCAUUUAAACAGAUCCCGCCACAUUUCCAUUAUAUAGCAGGGUGCCUUAAAGGGGUCGUAUAGGUUGUCCGUGUCGGGGGUACAUGUUCUUUCUAUGCUUUUUUUUUUUCAGCUUUGACUGAUGCUACACAUACAGUAUAAACUGAGCCACUGGUCUGUGAUGGGACUUCUAUGUAUGGAAGCAAAUGCUUUAUGGUGAGUUCAUGUAACUCUCUUUACUGGAAUAUUAAGAGAGGGUGUUGCCAAACUGAUGUUUACACAUUAGUACAGGGGUUAAUGGUGGAAAGUCUUAAUAUUGUAAUUAAAAAAAAAAAAGUUUAUUGUUCAAAGUUUACACUGUAACAAAGUCUUACUGAAAAGAUUAAAUAUUUAUCAAAUUGC